AUGUCAGUGUUCAGUGAGGUUAAAAAGGGGCUGUGAAUGCAGUGUGAAGAUGUUGAGUAACAUUUACUUAAUUACAUCUAAGUUUUAAGUUAUAGUUAUGUAGACAAAUUAAGUAAAGUAUUUGUUUUUCAUAGGCGGUAACCUCAGUUUACUCCAAAUUUUAAGUACAUUUUAUAUCUCUGUAGUACCUAUUUGCAGCUAUGAAGUAAUUAAUAAUUAUUUUCUCGUGCCUGACAUUUUAAUUUACUCGGUUGAUCAGAUUUCUUAUAGCGCUUUAUCAGCGACCCUCAAAGCACCAUAUCAAUCCAAUAAAAAACCUAAGAACCACAGCUUAGAAACAGCAAGCAAAGACUUUGUCUGUGCUCAAGGAUUUUUUGUUAAGGAAAUUACGAAACUCCUGGCCAACAGGCUACAGAGAAAAUACUUGAAACAGGUAUAACGAAACAAACAAUGAAUGGUCGUGUUGAAAACUUCGAAAAAAGACACUAGGACUGCGCCACCUGCGUAUUUUGCGCACAGCACAUGUCCAGUUUGCAGACGCCCAUGAUUUAUCAGCAGCAGUGAAGAGAAGAGUUGAGUGAAGAGUUAAUAUUUUAACACUUAAAUGACAGUCAUAAGUAUUAGAUUUUUUUUCUCAGCAUCCCCUUGUUUUUUAUUUAGAAUAACAAAAUUGUAUUUUCCCCUAAAUUUUCUAAAACUCAGAUUUUUGAUAUCUUGUUGUCGGCAGCUUUGUGCUACACUUUUUAAAAAUUGUAUAAUUUUUUUAAAACGCAGUCUAUUGAAACUUGUCUUCUUUUAUCUUGGUAAAGACUUGACAUGUUUCUAAAAAUUAAAUUGAUGGACUCAAAGUUUUAAUCCAUUUGGCACAAACUACAUUGCCAAAUAUAAUGAACCGGUGAGAUUGUUAAAGAUUGUUUCUAAUGUACUUGAGCCUGAAAUCUUGUUUGUUGAAUUUAUUUUGCAGGAUUCCCAACACCAUUAUUCAGCUCCUGCUGGCAGCCAGUCCAAGAAGAGGAAGAGGACAUCAGUGGUCCGUACUUCUGAUUCUACAGGGCUGACCCAAGAUCCUGCUCCUCAGCACUCCCACGCACAAGUUGCUGAUCCUCCUUUGGUCCAGAGGACUCAGUCAACAAUUCCACCUUCUGAGCUGCCUGAAGUCUCCCCUGUGGUUCACCCUUUCCAGCCCUCCACAGCUCCACUGCUUGAUGACGGCCCACUGAUAAUACAUCAUCGGUCAAUGUAAGAGUACCAGCAGCUCUAUCACGCCGUGGUAGAUGACAUGCUCCGGUAUGUAUAAAACAAACCAAAAAAAGAGUCCACCACUAUAACAGACCAUAAUAGCUAACACUUGACCAAACAUUGUGAAUUAAACUACUGUCCUCUCCUGUCUACAGGUACAAGAAUGGCCACCAGCAUCCCUACAGAAUUGCACUGGGACGUCUUAUCAAGCAGAAGCUGUGGGAACUAUCAGAUCGUCCACAGUUCACUGAAACUGUGGACGACAACGGACUUGUCCAUGUUAACAUUAGCUACAGGGCUAGAGUUUAUCCACCCCUGUACGAUGUGGACAAGUCCUAUGAACCACAGCCACAGACUUCACCUAGAAAGAGAGUGAGGACAUGAAAAUCUUCACUAUAUUGUUGUUUUAACUCUGAGUUAAAACUAGAUUAAGUUACUUUAGUUUAGUUUAAGUUAAGUUUAGUCAUAAGUAUAAGGGGAAAACAUUCAGAACUGCCAGAAACAAAAAGUCCUCUCUGCAAGCAACCUCAAUCCUCCUGCACCUUGAGCCUCCUCCAAACUCCUGACUCAACCUCCAUCUCCAUCCUCUAAAUAAUAACAUCUGCCUCUACCUCUACUUGCAAAAAAUGAAGAUGGCUGCUUCCACCUGCAACCUCCACCAUCAGCCCCCUCCUCCUGCUCAAAGGUAAAUAUCUCCAAUUAAAUCCAUAUGCCUCCCCCUGUUUAUGGAAUGCCAAUGCCUCAAACCCAAACUUCUUCUUAACAUCAGGAGCCAUCACCUAUGAUUGCAGUCCCUGCUACACACCAGCAGCCACUGUCUCAAACUGCAACCUCUACAAGCACAUUGACACAACUUUCCCUCUCUGCCAACAACCUUGAGCCACAUCCUGCAGUGCACCAGUAGCUAGACACCAGCAGCCUCUCCUUCCAACAAUAUGGAAAAAAGAUACCAACCUAACCUAAGCCUCUGUAGGCGAACAAUAGCUUCCCCCACCUGCACCCAGAGUGUAUACCUGCUCCCUCCAGUGCUGUCAGGAACCACCGCCUAUGCCUAAGCAUGACCAAAAAACCCGCCAAAAUCAACUUCAGCUCCAGUCUCUAAACCUCACAGCCUCAGCCUCCACCACUUGCAGUUUGUGGCCUACAAGUUCAGCUCAUGCCUCCAACUGCAGCCUCCGGGAUAUACUAGUUACCACUAUCUCCAACUGAAGCUUUAAAAGUGACCCUUAUGAUCCAUCUCCUGCAGUCUCCACAAGCGUCCACCAGCUUGUAAUCCUACCUGAAAACUGUGCCUGACAGCUGCAAAACAAAGAACCUUCUCCAACAUUAGCAAAGGCUUUCAGCCUCUGCCUUUGCUACCUGAUGCUGCAAGAAAUCAAAAGCAGUGACGUUGGUUGAAGCAGGAGUUCAAAAGCUGCAGCCCUAGUCUCUUCCUGCAGCCCUUGUUAAAGGAAUCACUCAACAGCUGUACCAGUGCCUCCAAUAGAGUCCAGCCACACAUCAGCAGACUCUCAAGUUUAGGCCUUAACCAAGAACCUGCAGCUGCCUCCAACUGCACUCACUGACAAGCCUCCAAUCCUGACCUCUGCAUAACAUGUACAGCUUCUGCCAUAAACCAAACAUCAACUACAACCUUCACCUGCCGAUUAUAAGGGAUAACUGCAUCCAAAUCCUCCAACCAAGGUCUCAAGCAACAACCUGCAGUGGUUCUAUGGUCUGAAGGAUUUGUGUUAAAGCUCAAACUUCUAACUACAACCCGACCAAUAGAGUAUGAAGGAAAGCUGUCCUCACACCUACCAAUAUAUGCCUGUACCACCACCAAGCAACAAGCUGCCUUCAAUGCCUUGAUGUCACAGACUGAGACUAAAGUGCCUACAACCCUCUGCCCAGCAAUCUGCACCUGCCUCCACUUGCAGUUUUGGUCCAAAGCUUCAGCCUACACUUCCAGCUGGUCCUGUGCAACACAAUCAAAGCCACAUCAGCCAACUAAGAUCUCACUCAACACUUGCCAACUCCAGCACUGCCUGCAAACUGUGACUGAAAGCUGCAGCAAAAGCGCCACCUCCUAGUCAAUGGCAUUCAAGAACCACCUCAACCUACAGCGACCGACAGAAAAAAAAACAAAACAUCAGCCUCUACCUCUACCAGAAGUCCUAAGUGUUGGAAGCUAGCUUUUCUACUAACAGCACACACUUAUAAAGCCAUGUUGCUAAGGUACCUUUUUUUAGUAGUAGCCUCUGAACCAUUCAUUGAGGAACUGUUGGUCAUAGCAUCACUUUCAGUGUUAUCUAUGCAGUUAUCUAUGGUCACUUCUCUUACCAGCAAUCUCUUCAAGUACAUAUCAGCUGCAGCCUCAACUUCUUCCUGCACAACAUCAAAGAGCCAUUACCACAGACUUCACUUCAAGUCUCUUCCUGAAGCCUAAAAGAGCAAACUGGGCUGCUCAGUCCAGCCUCCAUCAACUAAAGGUAUCAUUAUUGCCUAAAAUUACAAUAUUGAAUAUUUUAUUCAUAAUAUAUCGAAUUUCCCUUCGGGGAUAAAAUAAAGUUAUUCUUAUUCUUAAAACUCAAGCUUCCUCAAGCAAGCCUCUGCAGCUCUCACCUAAAACUGUGGUAUAUGGCUGCACCAAUGCUUCCUGCUUCAACGUCAGCACAACAUCCACUUACUCAACUUCAAGCCUCUACAAGGAACCAACAGCCACCAACUCCCUGAUCGAAACCUGGAAGCUGCAGCUGUGUGAAGCUGUAUCCUUCUCUCUGGAUUCUAUCUGGUAUUGAACUAACUCUCUAAUGUACAUCACUUUGAGCAAAAGUAUCUGUUGUAUGACAUUGUGACAUUGUGCUGCAGGUGCCACCAAAUCAAGUCCAAGCCUGUACCAGGAAACGGCAGUCACCUCCAGUUCCAGAUGAUGCUUGAAAUCAAUGGUCAACAGAAAAGAGCCUAAAGUUUCCUGCUGCAGUCUCUGCCAGAGAGCAAACUGAGCAGCUGACUCCAUCCACCACCUCUGACAGAAACCAGAUGUCCCAUUAAAUAUAAAAAAGCUUCCUCCAAGACCCCCAAUUCACAGCAACCUGCUGUCACCUUCAACUGAAGCCUCCACCAGUAGCCUUGAACAUCCAUCUUUAUGUUGAGAUCUUUAACAGAAACUUGAGAUCUGCACUUAUUCCUGUGUGGGUUUGACCCCCCCAAAAAAACUCAGUAAAAAAGCAAUUGAAAAACAAAAAUAUUGCCCUUCCAGGGUGAAAUAUCCGUAAACUGUAUCCUGCUAUUCAACAUAAUAUUAAAUUUCCCUUUAGGGAUCAAUACAGCUCUUCUUAUCUUAUCUAACCUUAAAUCUUCAAUACAUCAAAUGGCUUGUUGUCAUGUUUUUGAGACAACAAUUUUCAGCAGUUCGAGUUGGAAGCGACAACUCACUAGAGGUAAUACAAGGCAGCAAGGAAGAUCAUAUUUAUAAUAUGAAUAUCUUUCUUACUCUGAUAAUCCAGGGCACGCAGUGCUGUGUGACACAUCAGCUAAGUUAUUGUACCCUUGCGAAAGUAUCAUAUAGCAAAUGAAAAUCAUAGGUAUUUAGGGGUUGAUGAAGAAGUGGAAGCCCCUCUGUGUCCUCAUGAGAUACAUUUUACUAAAGGACUUUAGGUGCCCUGAAGGUCAAGUGUACUAAUGUCUCAAGACCAUAGCUGCGUCCGAAAUGCCAAGUAGUAGUCGAAGUAGUAUCUAGCAUGUCCGAAUUGGCCACCGGAGCGAGUAGCAUGCUACUUCAGAUACUACUUCAGAUACUAGACACGCCCACAUUGUAGGUUGGUCGCGGUGCAUCCUACCGGCAUGCUACUGACCCAAAAUGCACCGCGGGCUUCUUCUUCGUCCUCUUAAAAGUUGUAGAAGCGCAUGUGGUGCUAGCUAUGGGGUGCCGUUUGUAAAGCAGCCCAUUAUAAAAACAACAGCAAGAUUUGGUCAUAUUUAGCAAAACAACAGCAAGAUUUAGUCACAUUUAGCUUCAAACAGCAUUUAAAAACGUGAUGUGAAUUUGCAUAUUAGCUAAAUAUUUAGUUUCGCCCAACACAUUUAGAUUUAACAUUUAGAUUUAACAUUUAGAUUUAACAUUUAGAUUUAACAUUUAGAUUUAUAUUUAACAUUUAGAUUUAGAUUUAACAUUUAGAUUUAACAUAUAUAUUUAAGAUUUAUAUUUAGCAUUUAGAUUUAACAUUUAACAUUUAGUUUUAAUAUUUAAAUGUUGUUGUAAAUGUGCAAAAAAAUGACUGCCGAAAAUUCACAUCACGUUUUUAAAUGCUGUUUGAAGCUAAAUGUGACUAAAUCUUGCUGUUGUUUUGCUAAAUAUGACCAAAUCUUGCUGUUGUUUUUAUAAUGGGCUGCUUUACAAACGGCACCCCAUAGCUAGCGCCACCAGCUGCUCUGCCUAUUUAAAUGUGUCGCGAACGCCGGCUGGCCACAGCAGCGCGCACCAUGUCGGAGCAGCAGCAGCAGCAGACAGGACCGCAACAGUACAGAUGUAAGUUUCAUGUAACUUCACACACUGUCCUAAAAAAUGUGCGGUUGUAUCUCUUUGUCAUGUCAUGGUGUCAUAUCUGCCCAAGUAACCUUUUUAUGAGCAAAUAUGUGGCGACAUCAUGGAGGUAAAGCUCACUUAUUCCAUCAUUAAACUGCACAGCUGCAGUAAUCAGGCAGAUCUCAUUGAACAAACGAUCACCACGUGAGUGAAUGAAGGCUAAAAGUCAUGGAAAAGCUACUUUGUGAAUUUCUAAAGCAGUGCAGGAAUAUAAUACAGCAGCAUCCAUCACUUGAACAAUUACCAUUCAAAGAGACUAAAACUGUAACAUGACUUGAAGGGGACAGAGAGCAGACCCAAACAUUCAUCAGCUUUCUGUUUUCUACCAUUUUUAGCCAAGGUUUGUUUAUUUCAGUAGCAUGUGUAUUUCUUAGGGACGGACGACCAGACUGAACAUUUAUUCAGGUGGCGGCUCAGCCAUGACCACCUGUUCACCGGGCGCAGAAAUACGGCCAGGAAGGCAUUUGAGUAAGUCAAGCCAUUCAUAUGUUUCAUGAUUCUUCAUACAAUACGUGUGUCUAAUUGUUUCCUCACAAUACACUGUGUUUGGCCUUCAGGAGGUUCUUGCAGGACAGCCCCAGCCUCUCGCCGCACAUCACGGCUGAGAGUGCCAAAAAAACAACCUGAAAGACAAAUAUCGAGUAUGUUGGGCCAACAUCUGUCAUCAACAGUCAAUCCUCCUGUUAAUUAUGAAGGUUAAUCUUGAUACUCUCAUGUCCUACAGAGACUAAAGGCUCCCAAGACAGGCGUCAGCACCGAGGGUGGUGAGGAUACAGCAGCGUCCUGGCCAUGGUUCGAGCUGAUGGAUGAGGCUUUAGGGGAGCGGCCCAACAUCACGCCACCAUGCCUCAUCGCAUCAGCUGGCCAGGAUGCUGCUGUAUCCUCACCACCCUCAGCCACGGUGACGCCUGCAGAAACACCCUGCAGCUCCCCAUCAACCUCCAGCUCAGCCACACGACCCUCCACGCCCACAGAGGAUUCCACCUCCACUGCUGCUCCACGCUCCACCUCACCACCCGCCAACCCUCGGAGCCAGGGCAGCUCUCCACCGAGGAGGGGGAGGAGGAGGAGGAGGCCAGCGUUAGAGGACAUGUGGCAGGAGGUGGAGGCCACAUAG